UCCCAGGAUUCCCGUUGCCACCGCCGCCAUCUUCUCAAGCUCGGAAGACAACGACGCCUGUCAUUGUUCAGUCGGUUUACCUGUCCCCCUGAACAAAGGCUUUGUUUAUUUGUGAUUAUCAAGGGGGUCAGCGUUUUCAAAGAAUUCCAUUGACUUUGAUUUGAGUGUAUUUCUACCUCCAUUUACCAUGAGCCAAGCUACAGGUAAAAAGAAGGGAGGUGGGUUUUUGUCCAGGGCAGCGAAAGCCAAAGAUAAAGUGACGCUUGAACCGAUCACGGAAGACGAAUUACUAAAGAAAAAAGACAUUUCACCCGACGAAGUUUUACGUUUACAAAAAAUAUCAGAAAAAUACCUGUGCUCACCAGAUGCUAACAUCUAUGGCAUUGACUUCACACGCUUCAAACUUCGUGACAUGGAGUCAGGAGCAGUGCUGUUUGAAGUGGCGAAGCCUCCCCCAACAGAUGAUGAUGAGGACAUGGAUCCAGAGGAAAUUGACCCUAAUGCAGGAAGAUUUGUACGGUAUCAGUUCACACCACAGUUCCUUAAAUUGAAAACCGUCGGUGCUACAGUGGAGUUUGUAGUUGGAGAUAAACCUGUGAACAAGUUCCGUAUGAUUGAGAGACAUUACUUCAAAGAAAGGAUGUUGAAAAGCUUUGACUUCGAGUUUGGCUUCUGUAUCCCUCAGAGUAGAAAUACAGUGGAACAUAUAUAUGAAUUUCCGUAUCUUUCUCCAGAUGAAAUUGAAGAGAUGAUCGAGCACCCAUUUGACACCAGAUCCGACAGUUUCUACUUCGUAGAUGAUAAACUGAUCAUGCACAACAAAGCAGACUACGCAUACAAUGGCGGAACGUAACGCCACCUUCCUUUUGACCAGCUGGACUGGACACAUCAUUUAUAAGGGCUCACUGCCUGACACAUUUCAUACCAGCAAACAUGUGCAAACAGAGACGUACGCCCACUGUGUAAAUAUCUUCACAGAGAAUGUGUGUAGCAGAGAAGACAUACAAGACAGCUGUCUAAACUCAAGAUUUUUGGCAGAAAUAGGAACUUGGAGACACUUUAUCCUAAAAAUAAUAUAAACUUGUUCAUCAGUGUGUGAAUCAAUCAACUACAACUGGAAUGCAUCUUGCUCUACAAGCAGUAGAAAUAUACACUUUUAUGUUUAAAUUUAUAGAUAAGUUUGAAAUAAUUGAAUUACCUACUAAUUUGACUUAAAAUUCAUUUAAUAAUUUACAUAAAAUACUAGCAUUUAAAACAUUUUAAUGUAAUCUAUCCUGUUGAUAAUCUCCCUCUGCUUGCUUUUGGCAUGCAAUUGAUUAGAAUAAUUUCAUUUUGUUGAUUUACUUAGAUCCACAAGUUUUACAGCUGUGAAGAUACUACUGUAUUUAUCCUGCAAUAAGCCCAGGGGGACGACACCAAAUCUCUGAAUGAAAGUAGAGAGUGUUGUGCUAAUGACCAGACAUGGGCUUAUUGUUGCCAAAUAAAUAAGAUACAUUUGUUGGAUACAGCUAAUAUAUAUGAUGAGUUAAGCAACUGAAUACCUGUAAGUUACCUGGUUGAUUAUUGCCUCCUGCUUGUUGACAGGUAGAAGCUACACAUCUGAGCUCUGUAGUUUUGGUUCACUAAAAGGCCACUUAGCAGCCAAGCAACUUGUGAAAAUCAGCAAUGAAAUCCAGUUAUAAAGAUUACACUGUUUUAUUGUGUUUUACACAUAACAUUUUAUUUACUUUUUAUCCAGACAGUUUCAUUUCAAUUGCUUUUUAAAGAAUUGAGAUAGAAGAGUACUGCAUGUUGGUAAACUGGUGUUGUAAUAGUGAUAAUAUACAUUGUAAUGAAUGGCUGCUCCACACGUACAGGGUACCCUAACAUUAUACCUCUCAUAUACCUCAGCAUCACUUCAUAUAGCACUGUAACAAAGCAAGUUUAGUUCAAGCUUCCUUAUCUAGCAGUUUUACUAUUGAUUUCACGAAAAGGUAAAAAGCCAAAUUAUCUUGUAUCAUUUCCGCUUUUUAUCAGAAGAAUUGUUAUCCUUUUAAAUCAGAAAAAGUAAUGAAAAAUGAGAAAGAGGUCCCUUUCAUUUUACAAUUUCAAGGAAAUGCUUAAAUGAUGAAUAAAACUCUAUGUAAUAGAAUGAAUAUUUAGCAUUAAAUAUUAACAGAAAUUAAAUAUUUUUUACUUUUCUAAAAAGUAGGUAGAACGUUUCAAGGUCUUUUUACAAUAUUGAAGAAUGAUUUCCUUGAACUGCUACUUAAAUAGCACAUCCACCUGAUGGUUCUGUCCUGUUAUUACUGUAUAAAGUGGCAUGAUUUAUCUUGCUUGCUAAGAAAUGCAUUAAUUACAAAUAGGGAGUUUCUGUGAAUCCCAGGGAAUUACUUGUCAUUUCUUAAUACACAUUACAAACACAUUUCAUGUGAAGUCAUGCGAUUACACACAGGAUUAAAUGAAAAUAUGUAAUUUUCCUUGUAAAUAUAACUUUAUUGUACAUUUUAUUAUGUUACCAUCAAGAAUCAAUAAACAUAUAAAGUUAAGGGUUGCUAUGAUAGUUAGUCUUUUAAAUAAUUAACAUAUUAUGUAUUGUUUAAAAAUACUGUUUUUUUUGGUAAAACCAUUUUUUGUGUGUUGGCCGUUUUGUUUGCAUUUAGGUUUCAUAUAUUGGGAAACCUAAAAUCAACAAACCUAACACCUGGAUAAUAAUGCUUAAAAGACUUGUACUGGUGGCAUAUUUGCAUUAUAACAAAAAUAAUUUUUAGGUAAAGAAUAAAUAAAGAUAGUUUAAAAAAAAAAUGUUAAUAAUUACAAGUUAAAUUAAAGCCUUUUUUUUAUAGAGUGCAAGAUAUGUUCAUGUUUUCUGGAGCAAGGGAAGCAUGGAUGGAAAUAUAUUGAUUAUAUUCUCUUGAAUUGAAUCUUGAGCCUAAAUGCUAGCUAUACGCACAGAUUUUGAUAUGAAGCAAUCACAGAGCAUUUUAAUACGUCCUGAUGCUACAUUUCCUGUUAAUGGAAUUGAGCAGCAUAACCAGUCUGAGGGAUGAUGGUGGUUCAGCUAUGUAGCUAUCAGUAUUGGGUCCCAACUUUGUUGUUCUUUUAAAA